UUCAUCUUCUCUAUUCCAUGUUCCACAACCAAUAAUAAUAUCUACUACAACCAAAUCUCAAAUCGAAAAGGAAGUAUGAGGAACAUUGACAAGAAUACUUUAGCCACUUUCAUGGCAUAUGCCGCAUAUUUGAUGGUAUUGUUGCGUAUGUAUAAAUCUUCUAAGAGGCCAUCACAAGAAGUUGAUAGCAAAUAUUAUGUUAGAAAAGAGUUGAUGGAGCAAAUAGAAAAUAAUGAUGACUCCCGUAGUUUGAUACGUAUGACACCACAAGCAUUUAAAACUUUAGUCAAUAUACUAAAACACAAAAAAUUACUUAAAGACAAUAAUUAUAGUUGUGUUGAGGAGCAAGUGGCCAAAUGUUUGUGGAUUUUGGGACGAAAUGAAAGUAAUAGUAUUGUAAAAUUUAUCUUUCGCCGGAGUGGGGAGACUGUAAGUCGUCAUUUUCAUCAUGUACUUAAGGCUAUUAUUUCAUUAGAAGAUGACUUUUUAGUGCAACCCGAUGGUUCUACGAUACCUUCUGAAAUUUUACAUAGUGGAGGAAGGUUUUAUCCUUACUUUAAGAACUGUGUAGGUGCAAUUGAUGGAACACAUGUCCGUGUUAAAGUUUUAAAAGAAGAUGCUUCAAGAUAUAGAGGAAGAAAAGGAAUACCUACUAUGAACAUAAUAGCGGCAUGUAGUUUUGAUUUAAAAUUCACUUAUGUAUUACCUGGCUGGGAAGGGUCGGCGUCAGAUUCAAGAAUAUUAGAAAAUUCUCUUACAAGAGAGGAUAAAUUAAAAAUUCCUAAAGGGAAAUUUUACUUAGUUGAUGCUGGGUAUCCAUUAAGAUCGGGUCUCAUUACUCCAUAUCGAAGCACUAGAUAUCAUUUGAAAGAGUACUCUAUUUCUCCUCCUGAAAAUGCAAAAGAGUUGUUCAAUCUUCGACAUGCAUCAUUACGAAAUGCAAUUGAAAGAGCAUUCGGAGUGGUAAAUAAAAGAUUUCCUAUCAUAGCUAGCGGAGCAGAAGCACAAUAUGAUGUUGACACAGUGUCUGAAAUUGUGCUUGCUUGUUGUAUUUUGCACAACUUUCUAUUGAUGUACGAUCCGGAUGACGAUUUACUGCGUCAAGUGGAUAGUGAAUUACUUGAAAAUUCUGUAGAAUAUCAAGAAAUUGGAAGCAUGACCAGAGAUGCGGAUGCCAAAGAAGGAGAACAAAUAAGAGAUAGAAUAGCUUCUCAUAUGUGGCAUGACUAGGUUGUUCAUUUUUAGAUGUGCUUUUUUAUAUUUUUUAAAUGGAAUUGUUGCUACUCUUUCUUUAAUACAUCACCAAUGGCUACUACUUUCUCGAGCAAAUAGGUAAUACUACUUUCUUUAAUACAUCACCAAUGGCUCAAACUUCCCCACUUACUCAAGAGAAUGCAUCAUCAUUUGUUAAACAAUCAAGUGCACCUUCAAGAGGUACAAAAAGAAAGAAAUCAGAUUUAAUUGCAGAAGAGAUCAAACUUGUAAGCUCUUCAAUGCAAGAGAUUGCACAAGCAAUCGUAAAGACUAGCAAGCGGGUGUAUUCAACUAAUGAAAUUACAUCGGAGCUUAAGAAAUUGGGAAUGGAUAAUUGGGAGACAAUGAAAGCACUUGAUUUUUUAGAAGACAAUGAACAUUUGGUUGGUAGAUUUUUUGCAUGUGAUGAUGAGAUUAAGC